UGGGAUCGUUAGUUCUAUUCGUCGGUAGCGCUUAUGCCCGUCACGCGAAAGCCUCAAGGCCUUCUAGGCUUGUUGAACAGACGUUAUUGGAGCCUGUGCCCCGGUACGGUUCACAAUCUCGACCACCGAUUUGCCAUUGCUGCAACCAUACGUUUUUUCCAUAUUGGGGUGUUGAUCAAUUUCCGGGGCGAUGGCGAAGAUCGGACAAUUAAAAUAAUCAAGGAAAAGUCCACUUAGUCUUUUGGGAUCUUGGUUUCCUUUUAAAACUUCCCGGUGCGCUGCUGCUGUGUCUGUGUAAUCUUGGCCCCCGUUCGUCCUCCUCCUGUAUGUCUCACCUUUCCGAUGUCUUGUGCUUUCGACUGGUCGUAACGUGAUGAAUCGGGGAUAUCAGUUGGCUUGCGCCAUGUGGGCGAUGACCGCCUUCACGCUUGCCUUGGUUGCCCUUCGUUUGUACACUCGUGUGAGGAUCGUCAAGUUCGUCGGCGUAGAGGAUUACAUGUAUGCAUGUACAGGUGCAUUCUUCCUCUUCUUCACCAUCUUCAUACAGAUCUCAGUCCAUCACGGACUGGGCCAAAACUACUGGCAACUCAAUAUCGACGACACCUCUAACGCCAUCUUCUGGACAUAUGUCGCGAACAGCUUCGCCAUCAUCGGAAAUGCCAUGGCGAAGUUAUCGAUGGGGCUCUUUCUACUUCGCGUAGUUCAAACGAGGUGGCACAAGAUCGCACUCUGGGGCGCUGUCAUCGUCACGACCACAACGUCAAUCGCGCUUACCAUCAUGCUCUGGAACCAGUCUACGCCGAUCAAAAUGAGCUGGGACCCGUUGCGGACGCCUGGGGUUUGGAAUAUACAGAUCCAGCCUUUGAGUGUUGGGCUCGGAGUAUGGUCCAGCGCUUGCGAUUUCUUCUUCGCUAUUUUCCCUUGGUUAUUUAUCCGAUCACUUCGCAUGUCUCGGCGAGAAAAGCUUAUGCUGGCUGGCGGGAUGAGUCUUGGAGUGAUUGCUGGAGCUUGCGGAAUCACUAGGACAGUGGUACUCUCCCGACUGAACGUCUUCAACUAUACUUUAAAUUUCGUGCCAUACUUCGCCUGGGCCGGCGCAGAGAUCGCCGUCGCCAUGGUAUGCAUCGGCGUCCCUACCCUACGGCCACUAUAUCUUAAGACCAAAGGGCUGGCCAGCGCCGCGCACAACUCAACCCGAAGUCGAAACAACAACAAUAACAACAAAAACAACAAAGAGCUACCCCGUUAUGUGAUGUACGAUCGUAAAGCGAUCACCCCGCCGCCCGUGGUGCGCGACUCGGGGUUCUCGCACACGCGGACAAGCUCCAACAUAUCGAAGCCGCCGACGGUGUACGCGAGGUCUCGGAAUGAUAGCGUGGAGGAUAUAAUAUCGGGGUAUCAGAACGAGCACGCGGGCGUGAUAUGGGUGAAAAAUGAGUUUCGGAUGGACGAGCAAGUUGUGGAUUGGCCGUUGCGCAAUUGAUGAUGAGUGAUGACUGAGGCACCAACUAGAAAAUUAGAAAUUGUAUAACUGGGUUGGUACCUACUGGGUAUGGUAUACAUCAGCAGACGCAAGUCGAUAAGGGAAUGCGGCGUUAUAUUAUUAUUAUCAUUCACACAAAUGGAUAUCCGGUUAUAUUAUCAGGGCCCCUGAGGCCAUGUCUGGUUGCAUUUCCCUUUUGAGCAUCAACUCCGGGGAAAUAUUAACAAGCAUUCAUAUAGUCUCAUAUACCAUCGUAAAAAAACUCUUGGAGAACUCCUGCGCGUAUCAGCCGCGGUCUUCGAGAAGUGUAUUUAUGUCGAUAGGUCCUGGCGCAGAUCCGGACAUUUAGGGGUUUUUCGAGAAUAUGGGGUAGAAGUCAUCCAGGAUCGCAGCUGAAUAUAAUUGGCAGUGGGUCAAGGCAUAUGGUUAUGAUUCCCCUUUUGGCUUGUAAAUCGUAACAGUGCCAGGUAUGUAAGGAGGCACAGAACGAGG